ACUCGACACUCAUAUCGUUUGUUAAUUGUCUGUAAUCUGUUACCGUUUCGGUUGUUUUGGGUCUUGGGACUCUUGGGAUAAUUGGGAUCAGGGUUGUUCUUGUGUGUUUACAACUUUUUUGAGGUGUUUUUUUGUGGUUAAUUAUAUAGAAAAGAGUGGACGGCGUCAGAUUGCGAAGAUAGUCAACUGAGUCAUAUUAGAUAUACCAAUGCAGAAUUUGAGGGGUGAUGUGUUGAGCCGUCUUGGCGGCACAGUCAAUCAAAAUAACUAUCGGUUUCCAAGAGUUGAAUUUGUCAAUCGAGCAGGAGAAAGAGUAAAUCCAUUGAAUGGCAAACCAUACAAUCGUCCAGUGACAGCCCUGUCAACAGCUGCCAAUGGAGUUAUAAAAAGAAAGAAAAAUAAGAACAACAUAAUAAGGUCAGGUCGUGGCAAUAAAUUGCCAAUUAAAACCUUUGGUAUAAUGUUUGGUGGAUUAACUCCUAUACCUACAAAUCCUACAAUUGAUCCACCACCCAGGGUAUGUUACAACUGCUGGCAACCUGGACAUGCAAGAAAAAACUGUCCUCGGCCAUUUAGAGCUAAAAUCUGUAACAAUUGCGGUAGGAGAGAUGAAGAUUUGACAACUUGUCCUAGAUGUCGACUGGCACACAUGAGAUACUUGGCACAUUUAAAGGGUGAAAAGGUGAAUCAAAAUGAUCUUGAUCAGUUGUUUCCUAAAAGUCAUCACUUCGAGAGGGAGGGUGUAUACCACGAAGAUAAGCCGUUAGACUAUGGAGUUGAUGAAACGCUUCGAGAAAUGAUCGAGCAAGACGAUAGAGAUCGUGAAUUGGGUGAUUACUAUGACGAGCAUGGGAGAGAAGAACCAUAUUCAGCACCGCAGAUUAAGUACGUGGAAAGGCUUGAGUACAUAAAAAAUCCAGUCAGCCGAUACCAACAGAAUCGUGAGUACGAAGACGAAGAGACGCUUCGUCGUCGUGAAGAUUGCGGCUAUGAGAAUAGAGAAGGAUCGUAUGAGGAAACAAGAGAAAGAGAAAAUUUCCCUCGACAUCGAGACAGAGAAUCUUCGGAAGACCGUUCGAUUGAACGUUUCAGACAUACUGGAAACUUAUCUAAUCCUGAUUUGGAUUCUGAUCCAGUGCAAGAAGUUCUGCAACUUGCCAAGUCGAUCUCUCAUUUGUCUCCAGAGACACAGGACAUGAUCAUGAAACAGGUGAUGGCUGAGAGGAAGGAGAAAGCCAGACUCAGGGCUAUGACAAUGCAGGACAGACUUGACCAGGAUUGGCCAUAAAUCAUUGACUUUGCGGAUUGAGCUUGCAGAGUGCUUUUUUGAUCACUCUUUCUUUUUGAAAAAAUUAUUUUUAUUUCUGAAGCAAUCAGAAGUACAUAAUGAUAAAUGUCAAAUUUGUGGAGUGGUGGAAAGAUCUGAAAAACCUUUCGUUUUUCUUUUGAUUGGAAAGCUACAAAAGUAUUGACCAUCUUUUUGACUAUAUAUCAAGCUUUUUCUCCAUUUCUCUCUUUUUUUUAUUGCACGAAAGCAUUCCUUAAAAUUUAGUAGCUGAUUUUAUUAUUUAGAAGAACGAAGUAUAAUAGAUUUUUGAAAAAGUUACAUUAAUUAGCUUAGAAAAUAUUUACACUUCAUUUCAUUUACUACUACAACAAUUUUGAUUUAUGCUCCUCUUAUUUCAGUCAUCUUUAUAAGUAUACACAUGUGAUUUGAUAUUCAGAAAUAUCAGUGAAUUAUUAUAUAUAAAAGUAAAAAAUUAUAAGUUCUCUUUGAUAUGAUAGUCUAAUAUAUCUGUGUGUACUUUUCAAAUUUCAUUUCAUUAAUAGCAUUUCCUCAAUUAGGGCAAGUUCUUUUUUCAGUAUAUAGAUUUAUUAUUAUAAACAAAAUUUUCACCUUUUUGAAUAUAAGCAGUAAUGUACAAAUAAAAAAAUUCGAAAAAAAUGUGAGUAGUGGGAUGAAAAAAAUAUUACUCAUUUGUGUACUAAGCAUUCUAACUUAUCAUAUUUGUCGAUGAGCGGAAAGAGUAUGUUUACUACAAUACCUUUUUAAUAAGAUGUCUUGUAGAUAACUAUAAAAUUUCUCGGUGUUUUGAUUUGAUAAAGACGCCACGCCGAGACAUUGUAGUUUUACCGCCUCAAUUUACAAAAGACUAUUAGAUUGGGAAAGAGUUUGAGGUGAUAGUAAGUACUUUUGAGAAUAAAUGAAAAAAAGUCACUCCAAGAUUUAAGGCUAAAUUACGUGAGCGAUUGAGCAGAAAGUGGUUUUUUAAGAUUCUCUCUUAAACGAAUAAAUUUAUUAAGUUGAAACUUUAUGGAGACAUUUAUUGUGUAUAAACAAAACGCGUCAACUCUUAUUUUUGUAAAAUUGAACGUAAUCAGGACAAAAACCUUGAACUACUGUGAAUAGAGUUUUUAAUUUUUUCCUCGAUUCCAUUGAACUUUUUGAUUAAGAUAAAAAUGUAGCGCAUUUUGUUUAUGAGCAACGAAUGUCCUCAAAAAGGUUUAUUGUUAAUAAUUUAUUUGUUCGGGGGAAAACCGUAAAAAACCUCUUUCACUUAGUUGAUAGUACAACUAAAAAAUGCUCAUAAAAAUCGCAUUAAAAUCAACAUUUUUUUUGUUAAUAAAUAAAUACAUCUCUGAAAAAUUGAAAUGUUUAGUUGUAAUGUGUGUCAGAUCUUACUACUCGUAUCGUGUCCAAAAUAACAAUAAUAAAUAUCAAAUUAUAAAAAGGAAUUUACUUCUUGUGUGGUGAUUUAUUGUUUGUGAGUCCUGAAAGGUAUCAGUGUUG